GGCGGCGAGCGGAGCGGGGGGGCCCCCUCCGGCCCCGCGGCUGCCCCCGGCCCCGCCGCCCCCGCGGCCCCCCGGCCCCGCCCGCAUCGGCUACUACGAGAUCGAGCGGACCAUCGGCAAGGGCAACUUCGCCGUCGUCAAGCUGGCCACCCACCUGGUGACCCGGGCCAAGGUUGCUAUAAAGAUAAUUGAUAAGACACAGCUGGAUGAAGAGAACCUGAAGAAGAUAUUUAGAGAAGUUCAGAUCAUGAAGAUGCUUUGCCACCCACAUAUCAUCAGGUUAUACCAGGUUAUGGAGACGGAGAGGAUGAUUUAUCUAGUGACAGAGUAUGCUAGUGGAGGGGAAAUAUUUGAUCACUUGGUGGCCCACGGACGUAUGGCCGAGAAGGAAGCCCGGAGAAAGUUCAAGCAAAUAGUGGCUGCUGUCAACUUUUGUCACUGUCGUAAUAUAGUCCACAGAGAUCUGAAGGCAGAAAAUCUACUUCUGGAUGCUAACCUUAACAUCAAAAUAGCAGAUUUUGGGUUCAGUAACAUCUUCACACCUGGUCAACUGCUUAAAACCUGGUGUGGGAGUCCUCCCUAUGCUGCUCCAGAGCUCUUUGAAGGAAAGGAAUACGAUGGGCCAAAGGUUGACAUUUGGAGUCUUGGCGUGGUGCUGUACGUGCUGGUUUGCGGCGCUCUGCCCUUCGAUGGGAGCACGCUGCAGAACCUGCGGGCGAGGGUGCUCAGUGGGAAAUUUCGCAUUCCAUUUUUCAUGUCCACAGAAUGUGAACAUCUGAUCCGCCACAUGCUGGUCUUGGACCCAAGCAAGCGGCUCUCCAUGGAGCAGAUCUGCAAACACAAGUGGAUGAAGCUUGGGGAGGCCGAUGCAGAGUUUGACAGGCUGAUAGCGGAGUGUCAGCACCUGAAGACCGAGAGGCAGAUGGAGCCACUGAACGAGGACGUGCUGCUAGCAAUGGCAGACAUGGGGCUGGACAAGGAGCGCACAGUUCAGUCAUUAAGAGCCGAUGCUUAUGAUCACUACAGUGCAAUCUACAGCCUGCUCUGUGACCGCCUGAAGAGACACAAGAAUCUGCGCAUUGCAGCAUCUCCAAGUAUACCACGGACCAUGACCUUCCCCACCUCUGCUAACAUCCAGACAGAACAGACAGGCAAUACCAUGAGCAUCAAUGUGCCACAAGUCCAGCUCAUCAACCCUGAAAACCAAAUUGUGGAGACUGACGGAACAAUGAACUUAGACAGUGAUGAAGGGGAAGAGCCAUCACCUGAAGCUCUGGUCCGUUACCUCUCCAUGAGAAGGCACACAGUUGGAGUAGCUGACCCACGGACGGAAGUCAUGGAAGAUCUGCAGAAGCUCCUGCCUGGCUUCCCCCGUGUCACUCCUCAGGCUCCGUUCCUGCAGGUGACCCCGAAUGUGAACUUCAUGCACAAUGUGCUGCCUAGGCAGAACCUGCAGCCCACGGGUCAGCUGGAGUACAAGGAGCAGUCCCUGCUGCAGCCCCCCACCCUGCAGCUGCUGAAUGGCAUGGGCCCUCUGGGGCGGAGGGCAUCAGAUGGCGGAGCUAACAUCCAGUUACAUGCACAGCAACUGCUGAAACGUCCUCGAGGUCCAUCUCCGCUCGUCACUAUGACGCCAGCUGUCCCAGCUGUCACCCCGGUGGAUGAGGAGAGCUCUGAUGGGGAGCCAGAUCAGGAAGCUGUGCAGAGAUACUUGGCAAAUAGGUCAAAAAGGCACACUCUGGCAAUGACCAACCCUACAGCUGAAAUCCCUCCAGACUUGCAGAGGCAGCUAGGACAGCAGUCCUUCCGACCCCGGGCUUGGGCUCCACACCUGGUACCCGAUCAGCACCGUUCUAUUUACAAGGACUCAAAUACUCUGCACCUCCCCACUGAACGCUUCUCCCCGGUUCGGCGCUUCUCGGAUGGUGCUGCCAGCAUCCAGGCUUUCAAAGCCCACCUGGAGAAGAUGGGCAAUAACAGCAGCAUCAAACAGCUUCAGCAGGAGUGCGAGCAGCUUCAGAAGAUGUAUGGUGGGCACAUGGAUGAGAGGACGCUGGAGAAGACGCAGCAGCAGCACAUGUUGUACCAGCAGGAGCAGCACCAUCAGAUUCUUCAUCAGCAGAUUCAGGACUGUAUCCGGCCACCCCAGCCAUCUCCCCCCUUGCAAGCUCCAUGUGAAAACCAGCCAGCUCUGCUCACUCACCAGCUUCAGAGGUUACGGAUUCAGCCAUCCAGCCCGCCCCCGAACCACCCUAAUAACCAUCUCUUCAGGCAACCAAACAGCAGCCCACCUCCUGUAAGCAGCAGUGUGCUCCAGCCCCACGGUGCCGCCUCCCAGUCUCAGUUCCAAGGCAUGCCAUCCCACAACACAAUCUUCCCGCAGUCUGGUAACUGUUCCCCUCCCCCAAACAUGGGGCUGACGUGCCUGGGCCUGCAGCAGCAGUCGCAGCCUCAGCAGGUCACUAUCCAAGUGCAGGAGCCCACCGACCUGGUCAGCAACAACCUCCUGCAAGGGGCCUCUGUGGCUGGGCAGGGCAUGUCCUCCCACACACGGGGCUUGCCCAUCAGCCCCAGCGCCAACCAGAUCCAGAUGCAGCACCGUGCUAACCUGAUGGCCUCCCUCACCUACGGCCACAGGCAGCUGUCCAAGCAGCUCAGUGCCGACAGCGCCGAGUCGCACAGUCUGAACGUGAACAGGUAUCCCCCCGCCAACUAUGACCAGGUGCACUUACACCCCCACCUGUUCCCAGAGCAGCCUCGCGUUUCCCCCAGCAACUACAGCCCAUCGGGAGGAGUUGGGUUUCCUCCAGCUCAGCAAGCUCUGAAAGUCCCACAGCUUGACCAGUAUCCCAGUUUCCCUCAAAACGCACAUCAGCAACAGCAGCACUACACUGCAUCGGCACUACAGCAAGCACUGUUGUCUCCAACGCCUCCUGACUACAGCCGACACCAGCAGGUACCGCACAUCCUCCAGGGACUGCUUUCUCCCCGGCACUCGCUCACGGGGCACACGGACAUGCGGCUGCCCCAGGCAGAAUUUGCACAGCUCAUCAAACGGCGGCAACAACAGCAGCAGCAGCAAGAAUUUCAAGAGUUGUUCAGGCAUAUGAGCCAAGGGGAUGCUGGGAACAUGGGCACCAGCAUGGGACAGAACCUCUCGGAGCGCCAGUCGUUGUCUUUGCCUUAUCAGAGUGCUGACACGUACCACCCACAGAACAGCCCCCAGCACCUCUUAAAAAUCAGGGCGCAAGAAUGUAUCCAGCAGGUACCCGCGUCAGUGCCACCGCACGGAUAUGUACACCAGCCAGCCCUGUUCCAUUCGGAGAGCAUGGAGGAGGACUGCACGUGCGAGGGUGCCAGGGACAGCUUUCCAGACAGUAAGAGUUCAAACACAUUGACCAAAGGUUGCCACGAGACCCCUCUGCUUGUAAAUGCAGGAGGGCAUGGGGACCCAGAAUCUUUGCUAGGAACUGCUAAUCACGCGCAGGAGUUGGGGACGCAUCAAUACAGACAUCAGCCCGCUGCUGGAUUCAGUAGGAAUAAGGUGCCCAGCAGAGAGUCCAUCGUAGGGAACUGUAUGGACAGGAGUUCCCCCGGCCAAGCGAUGCAGGUGCCUGACCACAACGGACUGGGCUACCCUGCGCGACCCGCCUCCAGUGAGCACCCGCGGCCCAGGACCCUGCAGAGACAUCACACCAUUCAGAACAGUGAUGAUGCCUACGUGCAGUUAGAUAACUUGCCUGGAAUGAGUUUAAUGGCGGGAAAAGCACUAAGCUCUGCUCGGAUGUCUGACGCCGUCCUCAGCCAGUCGUCGCUGAUGGCCAGUCAGCAGCUGCGCAACAGGGAGAAUGAGGAAUGCGGGGAGAGUUUGGAAGGUCAAGAGCAUCCCAACCUAGGUGACGGCAACCAGCAUCUAAACACCUCCUGUUACCCCUCGACGUGUAUUACAGACGUUCUCCUGAGCUACAAGCACCCGGAGGUGCCCUUUGGGAUGGAGCAGGCAGGGGUGUAACCAGGAAGGGAGUUCUAUGUACAGCUUUGAAACGAAAAGGUCCAUUUUAAACCAACAGUAUCUAGCAGCAUUGCGCCAAAUUGCCGUAGUAUUUCUGACUAACUGGAAUACCAUGGCCCCUUUCCUCAUAAUCAGUUCAUCCAGUGUGUUGUUCCUUUUGGUUUCUUUAAUUUUUGCCCUAUUUGCCUGUAACUCCAGCUAUCACAGAAAUAACCAGAGAACCCGAGUCCUACACGUCGGCAGAGGAUUCACGGAGCCUGAGCACUGAGUCUGGUUUGGAGGGCUGCUUCUGACCACGGCCACGUGGGCCCUGGGGGGCUGCUCCGGCCCGCCACCGCCGCGCUCGGCACAGCGCGCGGCCGGGACUGAGGCCUCCCUGGUGGGGCAGGGAGCAGGCGGGUGUGGAGCGGGGGUCCGAUCCCUGGAGGCCCUGCUAUUCUUCCACUCUUUUGAACCCUUUGCACUGGGGAGGGGCCCAGCCUGACCCGAGCCCGGCAGCACUGGCAGGGGCGGGCGAGGACGGUGCCGGCCUAGCCGCAGCCCUGCCCGUGUCCCGGCAGCAGAUCGCGCGUCCCGCUCCGGCAGGGACACCCACCCCUGGUGCAAUACGCUGCUUGUCUCAUCUUCGUCUGCUUUUGUCCCUUCUCUCCGUUUGUCAGCGUGCCGAAAGGAUCACCUCUUCCCCGCCCCCUCCUCACCUUUUCUUUUCAAAUCCGCAUACGACUUGGGUUUUUCUUUCUUUUUCCUGGCUUAAUGUAGGGAAGACAGGUUUUUCUUUGUUUUCUUAGCUUCUCCUCCUGAUCCUGUAGGAAUUGUUUUUUGGUAAAUGUUGUUUUAUUAUUAUUGUUAUUAAUAAAAGGCAAAAGGAAUUUCUGUUUGAGAGAAAUUUUUAACUAGAUUCUGUUCUAUAUGAAUUGUGACUUGCACCUUUUGUUCAAAGUAUUUUAUUUCUUUUAAUGACAUUGUACUUGUGACUGGUUUUUUCUCUCGUGCCAGUGGCGACAGUGGUAUUCUCCUUUAUACAGUUCAGACGUGCUUAGAUCUCUUCUUUGUCCUUCUUUCCAUCCUUUCCGUGACGGAUAGAGCGCGAAGCCCCCCCCCCAGCCGGGGCUUGGCAGCACUUGGUGUCAUCAUUGCCUUCGGGACGUUACAAGCUACAGCUCAAAUUCUUCUUACUGACACUUUUCGGGAAUAGUUUUUUAAAAAAGGAAAAAACCAACCCAGCCCUCCUGAAUUUGCACAGAAGGAAGUGUGAAACCAGCACGGUGGAGGUGACUUUGCUAUCCUUACCUGUGCCUCUUCCCGGCCUCCCCCUUCUCCCCUGCCCCGGGAAAGUAACGCUGUCCGGCUCUGCCAUCCCGAAACCCAGAGAGGAGAGAAACUCAGUGGCUGCCGAGCGGCAUUGCCCAGGCUGGCACUUCUGCUGGCGUCCCAGUGCCGCAUGGCUUUGCUGGCCGGGUGCGUUUCCUCAGCUGGUGCUGGCAGGCUCAGGGGGCCGCGGGGAGCCAGGCGGGGCCUGCCGGGCCGAGCGGGAAGGUAGUGGGAAACACUGAAAGCCUUUUGCUCUGUACCUUUGGUUUGUUUUCCUUUUGUUUACAUGACACUGUAUUUCUGGGAGAGUCGACAGCCACCCUACAGCAAGCAUCUGAAACAGCAGGGACUCGCUUAACCGUGCCAUUUCGCAGUAUCACACUUUUUUUAUCAUUGCUUUGUAUUGUAGUAAUCAAUACGCGCAGUAUAUGUUGAAUGUAUAUUAAUAUACUUUGCUAUUAUUUCUGUUUUUUGGAAAUGUCAGAAGUAUUUUUUCUUCCUCAUUUAUGUUGGACUAAAACAAAGAAGUUUCAGUAAAUCUUCAGUCCAUUUUUUUGUGGGUCACUUGCAACUAGUCAAUUAGUUGGACAGUGGGAUCAUGACAAAUAAAACCAUGACGAUGAUCUUC